UUCAAAUUCAAGCUCCCCUCUCAGUCUGUUUUACGUCUGUCAUCUUACAAGCCUUGUUGGACGUGUCCUACGUAUUGGAUAGAAAUGGCUCAUACAACCAUAGCUGCGACUACUAGCUGGAUCCCUCUGGCCUCUGGGUCCAACUCAGACCCUGAACGAGAGAGAGAAGCAUUGCAGGAGGAAGGGACCUCUGACGAUGAGAACGAGGAAGGUGCCGAUGGUAAUCAAGAUCUCGAAGAGGGCAUGGAUCCGGAUGGUCUUUCUGGACCAAAAGUGGUCAAGCCAUUGACCCCGGAGGCUCUAGCUGCUUUCAAGGCGGCGCAGGACCGUGCUGGGGUUAUCUAUAUAUCUCGUAUACCCCCUGGAAUGCGGCCAACGAAAGUCAGACAUCUUAUGAGUGCCUACGGUGAAGUAGGUCGUGUUUACCUCCAACAAGAAGAUCCCAGGAGGGCUUACUUGCGACGGAAAUACACAUCUACCAAGAAGCCACAUUACACGGAAGGAUGGGUUGAAUUUAAGGAUAAAAAGGUCGCCCGUAGUGUCGCUGAAAUGCUCAAUGCCCAGACUAUUGGAGGCAAGAAGGGUACGAGGUGGAGAGAUGACAUCUGGACGAUGAAGUACUUGCCUAAAUUCAAAUGGAACAUGCUCACGGAGCAAGUCGCUCACGAAGCUGCGCUGCAUACAGCAAAACUGCGCGUAGAGUUGUCUCAGUCUCGGGCAGAGCAGCAGGAUUACUUGAAGAAUGUAGAGCUUGCCCGUGUCUUAAACAAACGUGCGGAAAAGAAGAGGGAAAAGGGGGAAGAGCUGCAGUUGAAGGAGAGACCUCGCAAACGAACUGCAGAGGGUUCGACUGAACAGCGGAAAAAGACGAAACUGAGUGAAAAAUCAGAAGAUAUGGACAAGGUAUUAGAUAGUAUAUUUUGAUUUAUCUUGGUUUCCUGGAUGGAUGUGGAUCGCCCAUUGCCGACUCCCUUAUGAAUUAAAUAAAUAACUAAUUUCUGCGC